AAAUUCAUAACAACACAUACAAAAUUCAGUGUGUGUGAGAGACAAAGGAGAAAAGAAAACAAAAUUUUUAUAAGACCCAAGAAAAAAAGCAUUCAUUUUUUUUUUCUUCUUUGUUGCUUUUGCUUUCUCUUUCUCUUUCACUCUUUUUCGUUUUCGUUGGCACAAAACAUCAACAAAGUAAUGAUUUUCCUCUGUGCUUCUUCCGUUUUGUUUUUGUCUUUCCUUCUCCCUUCUGGUAAACUAAGCUAAAGCUUUCAUGGUGGUUAUGAAGAUAACAAUGAAGAAUCCUUCUUUUCUCUUCUCUUUCGUCUCCUUCUUGUUACUCUGUUUUUCUACUUGUUCUCUCUCUUCUGAGCCCAGAAACCCCGAAGUGGAAGCUUUGAUAAACAUAAAGAACGAUUUACAUGAUCCUCAUGGUGUUUUGAAAAACUGGGAUGAGUUUUCUGUUGAUCCUUGUAGCUGGACGAUGAUCACUUGUUCUCCCGACAACCUCGUAACUGGCCUCGGAGCUCCAAGCCAGUCUCUUUCUGGAACUUUAUCUGGGUCAAUCGGAAAUCUCACUAAUCUCCGACAAGUGUUAUUACAGAACAAUAACAUCUCCGGCAAAAUCCCACCGGAACUCUGUUCGCUUCCCAAACUACAGACUUUGGAUUUGUCCAAUAACCGGUUUUCCGGUGAAAUCCCCGGUUCGGUUAAUCAACUGAGUAGCCUCCUAUAUCUGAGGUUGAACAAUAACUCAUUAUCUGGGCCCUUUCCUGCUUCUCUGUCUCAAAUCCCCCACCUCUCUUUCUUAGACUUGUCUUAUAACAACCUCAGAGGUCCUGUUCCUAAAUUUCCUGCAAGGACAUUCAAUGUUGCUGGGAACCCUUUGAUUUGUAGAAGCAGUCCACCUGAGAUUUGUUCAGGAUCAAUCAAUCCUAGCCCUCUUUCUGUCUCUUUAAGCUCCUCUUCAGGACGCAGAACCAACAUAUUGGCGGUUGCGCUUGGCGUAAGUCUUGGCUUUGCUGUUAGUGUAAUCCUCUCUCUUAUGUUCGUUUGGUACCGAAAGAAACAAAGAAGGCUAAUGAUCCUUAGCACAAGUGACAAGCAAGAGGAAGGGUUACUAGGAUUGGGGAAUCUAAGAAGCUUCACAUUCAGAGAACUCCAUGUAGCUACGGAUGGUUUUAGUUCCAAGAGCAUUCUUGGUGCUGGUGGGUUCGGUAAUGUCUACAGAGGAAAGCUUGUGGACGGGACAAUGGUUGCAGUGAAACGAUUAAAAGAUGUGAAUGGAGCCUCCGGGAACUCACAGUUUCGUACCGAGCUUGAGAUGAUCAGCUUAGCUGUACACAGGAAUUUGCUUCGGUUAAUCGGUUAUUGCGCGAGUUCUAGCGAAAGACUUCUUGUUUACCCUUACAUGUCCAAUGGCAGCGUUGCCUCUAGGCUUAAAGCUAAACCAGCAUUGGACUGGAACACAAGGAAGAAGAUAGCUAUAGGAGCUGCGAGAGGUUUGUUUUAUCUACACGAGCAAUGUGAUCCAAAGAUCAUUCACCGAGAUGUCAAGGCAGCAAACAUUCUCUUAGAUGAGUAUUUUGAAGCUGUCGUUGGAGAUUUUGGGCUCGCUAAGCUACUCAACCAUGCGGAUUCACAUGUCACAACCGCGGUUAGAGGAACGGUUGGUCACAUUGCACCUGAGUAUCUCUCAACCGGUCAGUCAUCUGAGAAAACCGAUGUCUUUGGGUUCGGUAUACUCUUGCUAGAGCUCAUCACAGGAAUGAGAGCUCUUGAGUUUGGCAAAACCGUUAGCCAGAAAGGAGCUAUGCUUGAAUGGGUGAGGAAGCUGCACAAAGAAAUGAAAGUAGAGGAGCUUGUGGAUAGAGAACUCGGAACAAGCUACGAUAGGAUAGAAGUUGGAGAGAUGUUGCAAGUGGCAUUACUCUGCACGCAGUUUCUUCCAGCGCACAGACCGAAAAUGUCUGAAGUGGUUCAGAUGCUUGAAGGAGAUGGAUUAGCAGAGAGAUGGGCUGCUUCACAUAACCAUUCACAUUUCUACCAUGCCAACAUCUCUUACAGAAGUAUUACCUCUACUGAUGCUAAUGGCAACAACCAAACCAAACAUCUGUUUGGAUCGUCAGGAUUCGAUGAUGAUGAUGACAAUCAUGCGUUAGAUUCAUUUGCCAUGGAACUAUCUGGUCCAAGGUAACUACAAAUCUUCAACAAAGAGGGAGAAGAGAAAGAUUUGAUGAUAAAGAUGACUUCAAGUUUUUUGGAGAUACUAUAGACAUUGUAAAUUGGUGAUUAACUCUAUGGAAAUUGAGAUUCUGGCUCUAAUGUUUACUAUUUUGGAUGUAUAUAUUAGCACUUUUUCUUUUGUUGGAAGAUAUUUUCUCAAAUUAUGUUUUA